GGAUUCACAAAGAGAGAACUAGGGUUUCCGACCAUGAUCAGAAGAAGUCUCCGUCUUUACAACAAGAGGAAAACCAACGUUGUUCCACUGGAUCUACAGAUCGAGAUUCUUAACCGGUUGCCUUUGAAAUCCGUAGUUAGGUUUAUGCUCGUAUCUAAAUCUUGGCGAGAAAUCAUCCUCAGCAAGAGUUUCAACGUAUCGUUUCCCUUACGAUCCUUGACUCAGCCUUUGCGUUUCCUACUCGCUUUACAGGAUAGACUAACUGAACAAAUAAGUUACAGCUUCUUCUCUUCAUCUUCGCUAUCCUCGUCAUCAGCAUCAAUACCAACCACUUUUCUAUCCAAAAUAUCAUUUCCUCUCUGUCGAGCCUCGUACCCUAGUUAUUACGUCAAUGGUCUGAUGAACAUGGGUGAGAUCAUAUGUAACCCUUGCACUGGAAAGACCAUAUCUUUACCAAGGCUGAAAAUACCAGGGAGAGCCAGACGCUUUUUCGGAUAUGAUCCUGUCAAUAAUCAGUACAAAGUAUUGUGCAUCACCCCGAAUCCUGCGGGACACUCAACACAGGAUUAGUUUCAGGUAUUCACAUUGGGAGCUAAACAAAAAUCAUGGAGAUUAAUCGAUUGUGACAUUCCUCACAUAGCUUGGUCUUACGGUCUAUAUAUAGAUGGUUCUGUGUACUACAUUGCGUACGCGGGUGCGGGCACAGGAGCGAUGAGUCUGAUGAGAUUCGAUUUGAACUCUGAGAAGUUUAAUAUCUUUGCUAGAGUAUCUGAGGAUACCAGAUCUUUGUAUCAUGAGAACAACGGCUCUAAAACUUUGAUAAACUACCAUGGCAGAGUAGCCGUAGCCAUUCCAUCUCCUCUCUUAGUGCCUUCCAUUGAUUUGCUUAUUUUCGAAGCAGGAAAACAGGAUUACAAAGAGAAGUCUAUAGAUAAUCUUCCCCAGCUUCAUUUACGUAUGAAAGGUGUUAUUAAUCAUACGGGUGAUAACAUUAUAUAUGCACCUCACCGUUCCAGAAGUGAGGCUAUUCUUAUCCACCACGAUCUCAAGGGAGCUAAUUUUAAGACGAUGAAGUUUGAAGUUGACGUUAAGCAUGAUUGGUUUUGUGAAUCAAUAUUUUUCGUGGGUUACGUAGAGAGUCUUAUGCUGCUGUAAGCUAGAGAGAGUUAUUAUUUCCUUCGUUUGAUGUGGGAUGUUGCCACUACAGUUCAUGUCUCUUAUCUCAACAUGUUGUUCUUUUUUGGUUGCUUUCACUCUUUCCUCUUAUUCAAUUAAACUAUUUUUAAUCCCAGAUGCUGUUUUUCUAUAUGUCACACCUGUGCUAUGAACACAACUUUUGAAUCG